AUGGUGGAGCGCGAUGGAUAUCUGGGUCGUGACGCAACAAAAACUGCCAGUGGAUCCAGACGAAAGAAACGGGAGUGGAUUCUCCCACCGAUAAAACUCAUGGAGAAUGUUGACUACACAAAGAAGCAAUCCAUUGCCAAAAUCCGGUCUGAUAGAGACAGUGAAAGCCGGUCACUGGAAUACUUCCUGACAGGUCAUGGUGCAGACAAGGAGCCGUAUAACCUCUUUGUCGUCAACCCCAAAAAUGGUUUUGUAAGAAUCACUGGACUCCUAGACAGAGAAGAAAUAUCCCACUACAAUCUGACUGGAAGAGCGCGGUACAGGGAUGGCUCAAUGGCAGAAGCAGAUGUUGAGCUGAAAAUACAGGUGGAAGAUCAGAACGACAAUCCCCCAACGUUCAAGCUGUUCACUGGGGCCGUGUCAGAAUGCAGUAAAAUAGGAACUCCAGUCAUGCAGAUAAGUGCAGAAGACGCAGAUGAGCACGGCACCAUCAAUUCAAAAAUUGCGUACAGUAUAGUGAAGCAAACCCCAGAGGGGUCUGGCUCCAUGUUCUCCAUUGAUAGAGGCACUGGGAAUCUCUAUGUUAAACGGCACACCCUGGAUAGAGAGACCCAUGAUGCCUACGCUUUAGUAGUGCAGGGUGUGGAUAUGGACGGAGCUGCAAACGGCAACACAGGAACUGGAACAGUGCAGAUUCAGAUCUUGGAUAUCAAUGACAAUGUUCCUACUCUGGAAAAAGAUGAGUACACAGGUAGUGUUGAUGAAGGUGUCUCUGAUGUGGUUGUGAUGAGGAUCAAAGCUCAGGAUAAGGACAUGGAGAAUACCAAUAACUGGCUGGCCCUCUUCAAUAUUAUCAAGGGCAAUGAAGACGAGCUCUUCAGUAUAGAGACAGACCCCAAAACAAAUGAGGGCAUUCUAAAGCUGGUCAAGCCUGUGGAUUUUGAAAAGGUCAAAGAACUGGAUCUGGGCUUGGUCAUUUCAAAUGUAGCUCCUUUUAUAAAUGGAACUGCACUAUCCCUUGGCUUGAACGUAGAUUUAGACAGACCUGCAGGUGCAGGAGCUGGGGCAGGGGCAGGUGCAGGAGCUGGGGCAGGAGCUGGGGCAGGAGCUGGGGCAGGUGCAGGAGCUGGAGCAGGAGCGGGGGCAGGAGCUGGGGUAGGUGUAGGGGUAGGGGUGGGAUUAGGGGUAGGAGUGGGUGUAGAUGCUGGUGUGGAUGUAGGGGUGGAUGCAGGGGUAGAUGCAGGGGUUAAACCUGGUGUUAAACCCGGUGUUAAACCUGGUAUCAAACCUGACACAAAACCAGAUACCAAGCCUGGAAUUAAACCUGACACCAAGCCAAGCCCCAAACCAGGGACUAAACCUGGUGUUAAACCAGGCACAAAACCACUGGCUCCAGGAGGAAAGAGCUACCCAAUCAAAAUUGGCGUAAACAACUUACCUGACGGUCCAGGUUUUUCACCAGCAGUAAAAGAUUUGCCUGUGUCAGAAAAUCCAGAGGAGGUUCAUGUUCCUGUGGUCAUCGGUUCCUUUCUUGCUCUGGAUGGUGAUACUGGAGAAACUGCUGAAAAUGUCAGGUAUGCUAAAGGACAUGAUCCAGACAACUGGCUGGCCAUUGAUGAGGACACUUCUGAAAUUAAACUUCUAAAGAUCCCAGAUCGAGAGUCAAAGUUACUUGUCAAUGGAACUUAUUUUGCAAAGAUUCUCUGUAUGACCAAAGAUGUUCCACCCAAGACAGCUACUGGGACAAUAGCUCUAAAGGUGGAAGACACAAAUGAUAAUUGUCCCAAGCUGACCAGUACAUAUGAAAAUGUCUGUUCUGAUACCAAAGUAGUAAACAUAAGUGCAUUUGAUGAGGAUGUAUAUCCCAAUGGAGAACCUUAUACAUUUGUUCUGAUAAAGGAGGAGACUCGUGGAGAAUGGGAAAUAGCUCCUAUAAAUGGAACAUCAGUGAGUUUGCAUUCCAAGGACCUGCUGUGGCCAGGCUUUUAUGAACUGACUAUGGAGAUUUCUGACAUGAAGGGUCUAGCCUGUGAGGACAAGCAGAAGCUUCAAGUGGAAGUAUGCACCUGUCAGAAAGGUGGCACCUGUGGUGUCAGAACAGGCCAACAACAAAGCGUUUUAUCCCAGAUUGGCGUUCCAGCCAUUGGGCCACUCAUAACAGGCCUAGCCUUGCUCAUAAUGGUUCCUAUUCUCCUGCUGUCAUGCCAGUGUGGAGGAGGGAGCAAAUUCGUAGAGCUGCCUUUUGAUGCAAAGCAACACCUUAUCUUAUACCACAAUGAAGGCAAAGGGGAAGACAAGGUGUUGCCUCUUCUCAGUGCUCCUGAUGUCUUGAAAACAACACCUGGAAUGGCGCAUGGCAGCACAGUGGAGUUAAAUGGAAGGUUUAUUCACAGCACGCAUACAUACCAAAGCAAUGUUCCGUCAGCUGGGAGCAUUCACUAUAAUUCAGUGAAGCACAAGAUGCAUAACCUUUAUGAAGGGAUAUCCCUGCCAGAUGACUACCUCCAUGAAUAUUUCUCUCAGAAGGUGAGCUCUGCAGCUGGGAAUCCUCAGGACAGUCUGCUGAUCUACAACUAUGAAGGUCAAGGCUCACCUGCUGGUUCAGUGGGUUGCUCCAGCCUCCUUGAGUCAGAUAAUGACCUGGAGUUCCUCAGUGACUUAGGGCCGAAAUUUAUGACUUUAGCAGAGAUUUGCAGUCCUCCAAAGCCAAGGUCACCACCUACCAAAGUUGAAUACAUUGUCAAGUCAGCGGAUACCAGCUUCAAAAGUGAGACUUCUGUCACCACUAAUACAAUUCAGACUCCAAAAUCUCCAACACCUCCACCACAGCAAAAUACAGCUAAAUCAGUCAUUACUGAAACUAACAACAAAUCAGAUGCUCUGUCCAUCAUGAAUACUAGUCAAACACUGCUCGUACAGCAGCAACCUCUGUACUAUUUGGUGGAACAUCAGGUACCACACACUGUGAUUCUUGCUGAGAGACCUGCACAGGGUAUGUACCUAAUCAAUGGCCCCACAGGUGUUGAGGGUCUAAUCCUCCAGAAUGGUAAUAUAACACAGGGCACUCUAGAACAACAGGGAAUGUACAUGAUUGAUGGAGCAUCUAUAAUGCAGGGAGGUAUUGUGUUGGAUGGCGGUCCGAGUCCAACCAGUCCAGGGAGACAGAAGCUCAAGGGUACAGGAGCUCAAGGCAUUCAUCCAGGUAGAACAGGAGAGGGUACUGGUAAAAAGUAA